CGUAAGUCAUCUGCGGUUGGUGAGCAAAAGAACUGAUCCUAAUCCAUUCAAUAUCGUACGCUCGACGGCGUCUGGCCCCAUGGCCUGGGGAAAGAAAAGAAGGAAAGAGGCCAAUGAAGGUAGAAGAACUAGGUUCAAACCCCCGUUGCCCAAGGCGGCACAACGAGACGACGCACAUUUGCUGCCCGAGGCGGAUCGAGAAGACGAUGGAUCUCCGCCGUUGGAGAUGGAACAACGCAACGGAUCUCCGCGGCAGGGGGCAGUCCAACCAGACGACGAAUCUUCAGAGCUCGAGACGGAACAACACGGGGAGAGGACACCAAAGCCGAAAGAAAUCACGGUCGUGAUCGACUUUGGGACAAGCAAUUCGAUCGUAGCCGUGAUAUCUAAUGAGCGCCUAAUCCUCGUCUCCGAGUUCGCCGACAUGCCCGACACCCUCGAACAUGCCCCGAUGGUUCCUUCCCUCUUGCAGUACGACGCGUCUGGCAAGGUCAAGCGGUACGGGCACGAGGUCCUCCUCGGGGGCGAAAAUGUUCUUCGCUGGUUCAAACUCCUCCUCACGUCGGACGACUCCUCGACCAUACGAAAAGAAGCGGAAGACCUAGUCAACAGACUGCUUCCUCUGACAAAAGGCUUGACUGAAGACGACAUGAUUUCGCACUUCUUAGAGAAGAUAUUCGAAGGGCUUUUGAAGCAACUCAGAAAAGAAGGCUUCCUUCACGACAGCGAAACCUGUAACUUGCGGGUGGCUGCAGCCCUGCCGUCUCAGUGCGACCAGGUCGCUCGGGAGAGGUACGAUGAGUGUCUCCGCCGCGCCAGCGAGGCGGUCGGAUUCGCGGUCACUUCGAUCGACAUCUACCCUGAAAGUCUGGCGGUGGCGCGAAACUGCAUCGCCGAGAUCAAAGAUCCGGGAAGCUAUCUACUCGCCGUCCACGACGGGGGCGGCGGGACGACCGACUUUUACAUGAUGCUCGUUAUCGUCGACAAGGGCCUUGUCUACAGCGAGGAGAUCUAUGCGCCGAGAUAUCUAGACAUGGGCGGGGAACAUAUCGAAGCUCAAUAUAAAGAAUUCAUUCAAACUCAGUUUUCAGACAUCACGCCAGCAGAGUUGGAGGCCUUCAUGACGCUGUGGGCCAACGUGCUCAAAACCAAAUCGCCGACGAACUGGGUGGUGGGUUCGCUCUUGAAGAACUCGCUACCAGACGGCUUCGUUCUCGAGGGCGACUUCAGCGACCAAUUCGAGAGCGUUGUGAUGGAUGGCGUCUUGGAUAAGAUCGUCGAGUACUUACACGAAGAGUAUAAAUUGGGCAUGGAAGAAUUCGAAAAGCGGAAGGAGCAAUAUCGCCUUCAGUGUGACAACAUAUGGGAUUCCCUCCACGGGGACAGGAUGUCCGACGAGCAACGGGAGACAUAUCGGAUAUCGGAGGCUUUUGAAAAGUGCAAAAUAAGCUUCGUCUCGAGCGGAGGCCAGUCUCACUCCGUCCGACUCUGCGACAAGCUGAAGGAGAUGUUCCCCGAGGUUUGGAAACGCUCCGAGAAGCCUCGGACGGGCCUGGUGGAAGGGUUGAGGCACCUACUGGCGGACGCAAAAGAGGGAUCGAGCCAGCAUAGGGCGCGUCACGGGUAUGGUUAUGUUGGUUGGGAGGAAACACAGGAAGGUCAGCCGGGAGCGGAGCGUAACAUUGACCUGGAAAUCUACGAGGGCGCAACUGCGGCCUUGAUCAUUCCACCCGAAAGUGAACUCUACGUGGGGCGGUCCUACUUCCGACCCGGCCGAGAAACCGCCUCCGUUCGCGACCAUCCGACGUGGCCUGAGAACAUCUUGAUUCGGCGGUUCACAAAAGAACUCCUCUAUGCUGCAAAAGAGGAUCCUAAUGUCCUAUACCAGGCCCCGGUGAUAUUGACCCUGAACCUUCCGACGGAGCAAAUCCCACAAGAGCACAUUAUCAGUUGUCACUACUCUGAGGAUCGUCAUAGCGGUGAACUCAAGUUCAACGUCUGUGAGUACCAAGUGAAGCUCAAUCUGGAGUCAGACGGGCUUUUGGCACAGGUUGUCAUACCAGGGCAUGGCAAAGUCAUAACCGAGACGCGCUGCUCUUUCUCUGAUAUGAAAAUGAAGCUAGAAGAACUCUAACGUAAAAGGAGACGGGAACCCGGGAAACUUAGGACAUCACCCACAAGAAGGCGAGAUAGGGUUGAGAUAGUGUCAUUAUGAGUGCGCUUCCACACUUUCAUGGCUCUAGCAUUCUGAGGAGGUUGAUUAAUCAACUAUGCGAAUAUGGAAGGAUGGAGAAAGUUGAGCUCGCAUCAUGAGGUUAGAUUUGCAGGAAGACCUCUCCUGAGUCCUGCGGCGCCGCAACGCCUCCUGGCACUAGGCGCAAUCAGGUAACGCCUGAAGCGCUUCUGGAACAGCAACUGUUCCAGGCGCAACAAUAACCCACAAUAACCCGCAAUGGGAUGGACACCCUGACGCGAAGUGUGUGUCUGUCUUCUCCAGAGCGUGGUCGAAGGUUGCUGCACUCAAAGAAGAAUGUCAACAAAGAUGCCCGCUCAAAGGAAGGGUUUUGAGUGUACGGGUUCCACUUCCCAGUCAAGACUUCAGAGAACAGGACACUUCGAUCUUCUUGCGACAACUUCAUGUCAUCUCGAUUCCACUGACAGACGAAACGAAGAAUGUAUAGGAUGCACCCUCCCUUCUUCCAGAAAUCUAUCGUAACCGGCCCCGAUAACAAACGAAACUCCAGGAGCAUUCAGACGAACGGCUUCCUCCGUGCAGGACGCGGUUGGCCAGGGAAGAGGAGAAAUGGGACCAGGACGAGAUGUGUACGGUGGAAUCUCGCCAACACGGUAUUUUCUACUUAUUCCAGUGGAGGAGGAUAAAGGACGGGGGAGCCUCUGCCAGGACGAAAAGGCCGAUCCGCUCGUUGGUUCGAAAAGCUACUGGCGACGAACCACACGAAUGGGCGAACCUAGAGCUUGAAAGAGAAAGGAAGACGUGAUGUGGACAAUGCUCAAGACGGGAUACAUAUCUCCUGUUGCACCUGCAAGACACCCUCGAAACUCCAAGAACUACGCGUGCGGCAGUCAGCGCGGGUUCUUGGGCCAUGUCGUAGGAGAUGCCGGUGUUGAAGAUGACGAACCGGAAGCAUAUGUGGCCGACCAAGACGUUGUUUCUCUUUGUUGUCUCCUUUGGUGACCUCGGGACACUUUCUAUGCCGCGAGUCUACUUCUGCAAGACAUCCUAUCAAGGUGGAUGAUCUCGUGCUUUCUUCCCAGAAGGACUUGAUCGUUGCGACUCGAUCGGUCUACCAGGUCAAACACCACUACGAUUUCUGCUGAAGCUAUAACUAGAUGAGAGAUACCGCAAUUCUGGCCAGGGGCAAUAAGCGUAGUUCGCAGCCUCAAGGACUCUAUUCUGGUCAAUAUAAAUCCCCCAAC